AUGUCAGAUGUUUUAUUCUUGGUAAAUAGAAAGUGGAGAAUGAAGCAAUCUUUAGAGUUGAUGGCAUCUGUGUUGCUUCGUUGUUUGUCAAUGGGCGAUCUAUUAAACCCAUCAGGUGUUCGUGGUAGUAAUGAUACAUCGAUUGGAUUAUUAAUGCCACACUCUAAAGAUUCCAACUCCAGUGGCAACCUUGAUUCUUUUAUAUGUAGUACAGAAUGGAUUUCUUUGAUAUUCGAUGGCAUUCUAAUAUUAAAUGGUAGAUCUAUUCAAAGCGUGGUGGCAGGUCUUAAACAACCGAAAGAUAAUAAUAAUUCAGUUUUAAAAAGAACAGUGUCCCCAAAUAAAAAAUUAUUUAAUGAUUAUUUUGUUGUAGAUGAAAUUUAUAAGUUAGCCACCAGAAUCAACGGUCCUUUGCCAAUGCCUGAGGAGACACUAGUAGUGAACCCAAUACAUGGAGUAGUGGACCUAACACAGGUGGACCCAAUAGAUGUAGACUUUACAUUAGUGGACAUAGUAGAGUUGGACCCUAUGCAAAUAGACCCAGUACUAGCUGUGGAUCUAACACAGGUGGACCCAAUUGACGCAUACCCGACAUUAGUAGAAUUGGACCCAAUUCAUGCAUACCCGACAUUAGUGGACCUAGUAGAAUUGGACCCAAUGCCGCUAAACCAAGAAGGAGUGCGUGAAGACCAUUUCUAUGCCAUCAGACCAUUGUUUGAAACAAUCAGAUUAGAUCUAUCAACUAAUUUGGCUGCAUACUACUGUGCAUCCAAUGAAUUAGCUCAUGGUCAAGGUGCUAAAUAUAAGACUCCUCACACAGCUUUUAAUCCAUAUACGAUUACAUCAUUAGAGCGUACUCAGCUCCUUCAUUAUUUUAAUCAUCACUAUUAUGGUACCCAAAUGAUCCCUAAAGACUUUAAUGAUGGAUUUUUCAUCUUUCGUCAUCAUUACAACCACACAACAACCAAUAUUCCUAUUUUGCCUCGACUUGGUGGAAAUAUUGAAGAAUGUUUCCAUUCUAUAGACAAUAAUGAAAUUUUAGAUGAUCUCAAAAAUGGUCUACCAACUCAAUGGGAGCAGAACAACAAAAUCGAUUUAAAAAGACAAAGUCAGAAUGGUCUUUUAGAGUAUGGUUUUUUUGAUAGCAAUGAAGAAGCAGAGGAAUGGAGAUAUCAUAUCUGUAUAAUUAAUUAUUUGAAAAUUAAUAUAUAUAAAAAUCAUAUCUUGUUAACAACCGAGAUGAAAACUCUCUAUCAAUAA